CCGAUUUUCUCUUCUCCUCCACCAUUUAUGGAACACGCUCCUACCUUCUCCCUCCAUCAAACAAACUCAAACCUUAAACCUAAAAGCUGCGAUUUCUGACUUCGUUUCCCCUUCAUUCCUCACAACAUUCUCUUUCUUACCUUCCUACCUUUUUUCUCAUGGCCAUUCUUGCUUCUUGCUCCGACACACCCACUACUACUGGAACUAGCCCUCGAAUCUCCUUCUCCAAUGAUCUCAACCGCACCGCCCAUGAAGAUCACACUCAUCGCACAUCAGACUUGUGCCACUUGGACUCCCCCUCCGACUUCGUUUUCUGUGUCGCCGCCGGUGCUUUCCCUCACCAAAUCUCUUCUGCCGACGAGCUUUUCUCCAAUGGCAAGAUCCUUCCCAUGCAAAUUCACAAAGUACCCCAAUAUUCUUCAAAUAUAACGCAACAAUCUCUCCAAUCUCCUCACCUUCCUUCUCAGUCUCACCCUUCUUCAAGCUCCAGAUGUUCUGAGAAGAAAAGGCUCAAGGAGUUUUUAGCGGAAGAUAUUGACGAGGAGGACGACGAUGAAGUAGAAGAGGAAGAGGAAGAAGACAAGGUUUCGUUUAAAUCUCUGUGGCAAUUCAGGCGAAGUAGCAGUUUGAAUUGUGAUACGCGUGGGAUAAGCUUAAUUCGAUCGCUUCAUUUUCUAUCACGAAGUAAUUCGACUGGUUCGGCGUUGAAUCCCAAACAAACAGAGAUUUCAAAGGAAGCGAGGGAGAAGCAGAGGUUGCAGAAGCAAUCCUCUGUUUCGAGCAGAAGAUCGUCGUCAUCUUCGUCGUCUUCAAGUUCAAGUACAUAUUAUUUCUACAGCUCGUCUCGGAAACAUUUUUUACAGAAAAAUCGUGGAUCUUCUGGUAAUGGGGUUCGAAUUAGUCCUGUUUUGAAUCUUCCACAAGCAUAUAUUCCCAAAGGUUCUAUGAGUUUCUUCGGAUUUGGCUCGCUGUUCUGCAAUGGAAAGGUUAAGAAGAAGAAGAAAUAGUAGAGGUUGUUAUCACUAAUUUUUAAUUUUUUUUUAAAGUUAUUUUAUCCUUCUCAUGACCAAACCCUCGUGAGCUCUGCUGUUUAUGACUCUGUUCAUGUACUUAUCAUGUGAUCGUACCUGUAAAUUCAGGAGAAAAAAAAAAAGGAAUGAUAUUUUUGAACAAACUAAAUUAUCUUUUUUUUAGUUCGAUUGAA